CAGCUCCUUUCGUAACUGGGUGGAUUGCUUCUGAGAGGAGAGUUGUCUAUCGGCCAACCGACAGGGCAGAAUGUCACGACGGGACCAACGGUUUCGGAGAGGAAUGAAAGGACGGUGUUGUGAAUGUGGCUGCAUCCUGUCUCACUGGUACUAUGAAAGAGAGGGACAGCUGUACUGUAAGAAGCACUACUGGACCCGCUAUGGAGAGCACUGCCACGGCUGCAAAGAGACCAUCACAACAGGACUCAUUAUGGUUGCUGGAGAGCAAAAAUACCACCCAGAAUGCUUUGCUUGUGUGAGCUGUGAAAUGUUCAUUGGAGAUGGAGACACCUACACGCUUGUCGAGCGCACAAAGCUCUACUGUGGCCACUGUUUCAGUAAGGAUGUAGUAUCAGCUGUGGGGUCAGCUUCUCUACUCACCAAGAGUCCCCACAUGGUGGCGCUGGUGUCUCUCCCUCUCCAUGCAGGUGCCCGACGGGCCUUGACUUUCACCACUGACCUCAGCCAAGAGAAAGGCCCUCUUGUCACUCUGGCAGGGUUAGACACAGCUGCCCUCAGCCCUGACCUGCUGUCCUCUGUCCACAAUGGUGACCGAGUACUAGAGGUCAACGGCAUCCCUGUCCACAACAUUUCUCCAGACAAGAUAAACUGUGUGAUCCAGGACACGAGCCGACCACUGCAGCUGACCAUUGAACACAACCCGCAGUCUCCCGAUGACCUCCUUCGCUCAAACAACCCUCAGAACGACAUCAGCUAUCAUGACCCCUGUGCCCGAGAUAAACUAUCUUCAACCCACAAACUCCCAAGUCUGGAGGAAGAGCCAAGUCCAGGGGAUGAGACAGAUGAACCAAUCAGCAUGAGCCUCUCACCUCCUCAACACCAAGGAACCAUGGGAAUGCGAUCCAGACAUAUUCUACGCAGCUGUAGUAUAGACAAGUGUCCUCGGUCCGCUGGGGCACUGUCGCUUUUAUCUCAGAGGAGAGACAUGGUUCGCUCAGAGUCUCUUCGUGUGGAUGCUGGCGAGCGGACCCAUCGCAUCUUCAGACCGUCGGACCUCAUCCACGGAGAAGUGCUUGGCAAAGGCUUCUUUGGACAGGCUGUCAAGGUAACGCAUCAGGAGACAGGAGAGGUGAUGGUGAUGAAAGAGUUAAUACGUUUUGACGAAGAGACCCAGAAGACUUUCUUAAAGGAGGUGAAGGUGAUGCGCUGUAUGGAGCAUCCCAAUGUCCUCAAGUUCAUUGGACUUUUUUAUAAAGACAAACAGAUAAACUUUGUCUCUGAAUACAUUCAGGGAGGAACUCUCCGAGAGACCAUCAUAAAAAUGGAUGAGGAGUUCCCCUGGAGUACAAGAGGGUAUGCCAAAGACAUUGCAGCUGGAAUGGCCUAUCUACACUCCAUGAAUGUUAUCCACCGAGAUCUGAAUUCACACAACUGCCUGGUCAGAGAGAACCAGUCUGUGGUGGUGGCAGAUUUUUGGACUAGCCAGGCUGGUAAAAAGGAGAGGAAUCAGACCGGGACACCCUCAAUGGAACAGCCGGCGAAGGGGACACUGUCAGAGCUCCGCAGGCCCGACCGGAGGAAGCGCUACACCGUGGUAGGAAGCCCCUACUGGAUGGCCCCUGAGAUGAUCCAUGGGAAAAGCUACGACGAACGGGUAGACGUCUUUUCCUUUGGUAUCAUGAUAUGUGAGAUUAUAGGUCGAGUGAAUGCUGACCCUGACUACCGUCCCCGGUCAAAUGUUGGGCUGAAUGUAGCCGGUUUCCUGCAGCAGUACCAGCCUCCUCAGUGCCCCUCGGCCUUCCUGCCCCUGGCUGUCCUCUGCUGUGACAUGGACGCUGAUAAACGUCCUUCCUUUUCGAAGCUGGAGGAGUGGCUUGAUAACCUGCUGAUGCAUCUGGACAUCGGCCUGCCUCUGCUCUCUGAGUUAGAGCAGCACCGCAGAGCCUUCUGGCUGAGUCACAGCCAUCAAAACCACUCUCUCAACCAGGACAAGACCCUGGAUUCCCAUGAACAAACCCCCCGCUCACAGCCACAAAGACAGAGCUCAGACCCCAUGCAACAUCUGGACAAUGCGAAUCCCCACACAGAGUCUAAUCACCUCACUCAGAGCCAGAACCAAAAUAGCAUACCUGAAAGCCAUUCGGACGGAGAGCAACACACACAUGGCCUGACAUGUUACAGGUCGACAAGCAGAGACCAAGGUGAGAAUGUGUCUGAAACCUAUGUAUGCAAUAACCCCUCAGGACAACCGAGGGCCGAGGACGAGCCCUUACAACCGCUACAGGUCAACCACUCGCUGCUGGGCCGUUCUAACAGGCAAAGAAGGACAUGCAGAGUGCUGUGGGACAGAUCCACAGAGGACAGCUCUUUUCUCUGACUGCACAGCACAUUUCGGAGGGGAGAAAAACACUUUUUUAAAGACAUUUGUGCCUUUUCAAAGAAAUGGGAGGAAAGUGAACGUUUCAUAAAAAGGCGUGUGGAGGAUUAAUGCAUGGAGAAUCUGCAGAGGCAUAGCAAUGGGAUUCAUAAGGGAUACUUUGCAUAAAAAACAGUUAACAUGUGUAUGCUACUUGAUGAAAACUGCUGAGCAUAUUACAUUUGCCUUAUAUUGCUCUGGGGACCAGUAUUCAUGAUGUUUCAACAAGAGCCCAACCAACAUUGGAUUUAGUCGAUACCCAUAUUGGCAUUGAGUUCGAUAUUAAUUUGAUUACAGUACAUUGGCCAGUACUCAUUAGCAUAAGCUCAUAAGAUACAACCGAAACAAGCAUUGUUAUAAGAAUUAUAUGGAUUCUUAAAAUGCCAUGUUUGGCAGUGCGCUCUGGCGGACAGACUACGUAAUGGCAACACUGUUUCUAAAUGACAUAUCUUUGGCACAGUUUAUCUUUACUUAUCAGAUAACAUCUAUGAUGAUGCUAGUAAAAGUUGGUUGUCCAAUGUAUAGGUUGGGCUCCAGUGUUAACUUUGUCCAAAAACUGUGAAACACAUGGCACUUUGUACUUACUGAGCAGUCAACAUAUAAAUGUACAAUUGUAACUUAAUAAAGAGAAAUCUAAAUUAA